AUGUCCUCCUUUGUCAUGGACCCAUACCACCACCACCAGCAAUGGCCACAGCUCAUCACAACCCAGCCCCCCUUCCCUUCCCCGCCCCCGAGCGAGCACGGCGGUUACCAAUACUUUGACCGCGACCCCGCCCGCCCCGCCCCCACCAACUCGGCCUUGUCCCUCAACAUCUCCUCCCUCUCCGUCACCUCUCCCACAAACCUCUCACCCAUAGCACAGACCAACGGUCCGGCCAGCACGGCCAACCUCUCGCCGGCGACGCCGAUUAGUCCCUCAAAUAACCCGUUUAACAGCCAGAGUCAGGCCCAGCAGGGACCCCAGCAACAGCAGCAGCAGCAGCAGCCAUCCCCGUUCCAGUUUGAUCCACAUCAAGGGUCUUCGCCAGGUCAGCAAAGUCCGAACACGCAGUAUGAUGAACCACAAUCGGGGCAACAAAAUCAACAACAAAACCAGCAGCAACUGGCCCCGCCCGGCUCUUCUGCAGGCUUUGCGACUGACCGCCGUCCUACCGUCUCUCGCUCCUCCUCUGCAUCCACAACCGCUUCCUCCCAGCUCCCCAGUCGGAAACGCAGCUUCACAACAAACCCGUCCGCGCCGUCGUCGACAACCAUCGAGGAGAACGUGUUUGAUGAGAGCCGCGGCGACACAGCUAUGGAUCUCGCAUCGACCUCAACAAGCGCUGGCUACACAGAGGAUCUAGAAAUGAGGAAUGCUUAUGGCAGUUCGACAAACGGUGGGACAAGCCCCGUCGAGGGUAGCGGCAGCACCAGCGGCGCUGAGGACGUGCUAGGCACAGGGCCCCCAGGCGGUGGCUUGGGUGUCCCCGUCAGUGGCAGCGUCAACGCACUAGGGAAGCCUCUCGCCACCAAUAACUUUGUCACAAAAUUGUACCAGUAA